GCCGUAAGACGUAAGGCAUUUAAAGAAUCGAUUCAUAGCUGCCGUAAGACGUAACGAUAUAUUUACCGUAGGCAUGCGCGUUGGUUUCUAUCGGAUUCUGCAUGUCUUGUCAAUUCUCUUCUGUGGUAUUGGUAUUGUCAUUUGUCAUUUUCCAUUUUCCACGUGUCUAUACUGUCUAUUAAUUAUCUAUUAUCUUUGUGCUUCUCAUAUUCACUUGGCGUAGUAUUUUAUAAAAUUUACCAGUUUGUUUUAAGUCCUACUAAAAUGGAUAUCGAUAGUGUUAUUGUAGCAGGAGUUCUAUUCUGCUACUUAAUUUCUAAAAAUCGCCGUAAAAAGCGGCUUGUUAAAACAAGGAAGAUAAAUACAGAAAGAGCCACAAAGGGCUUUUAUAGAGCAUAUUUUCUUCCCAUGAAGGCGAAUGAUCCUGGGCAGUUCCAUAAAUAUACGAGGAUGUCGGUGAAGGCAUUCAACAAUUUAUUGAAUAUGUUGAUGCCAUAUUUAAAAAGGAGGAUAUCUGAUGGUAUUAACGCAGAAGAACGCCUGGCCAUAACUUUACACUACUUUUCUCAAGGAACGACAAUGCAAACAAUUGCCUGGAAAUACCAUGUAGGUCACUCUACUGUCCACUACAUAAUCAAAGAGACCAGUGUAGCCAUUUGGGAAGUAUUAUCCAGUCAAUAUUUAAGACCCCCAGCUUCACAGGAAGAUUGGCUAAAGAUAGCAGAAGAAUUUGAGAGGGAGUGGAAUUUCCCUCAUUGUAUAAGGGCACUGGACGGGAAACACGUUAAGAUCCAGGCCCGGGCAAAAAGUGGCAGUCUUUUUUUUUAAUUAUAAAAAAACUUUUAGCAUUGUGUUAAUGGCGUGUUGUGAUGCAAAAUAUAAUUUCACUUUAGUUGACAUUGGUGCGUAUGGAAGUGAAAGUGAUGGUAGUAUAUUUAGCAGUUUUGCAUUUGGGACGCUUAUAGACAAUAAUAAAUUGUAUUUACCCAAUCCAAAACGUUUAGCCAACAGUGAAAUUAUCCAUCCAUAUACAUUUGUUGCUGAUAAAGCCUUUCCGUUAAAAUUCUACAUAUUAAGGCCCUACCCUGGGCGAAAUUUGGAAGACGAUAAACGUAUUUUCAAUUACAGGCUCACACGAGCCCGCAGGUGCAUUGAAAACAGUUUCGGAAUUUUAGUCAACCGGUGGAGACUAUUAAGAAAUGCAAUAACUGCCGAUGUAAAUAAUAUAGACUUAUUUGUCAAGGUAAUGGUAUGUCUACAUAAUUAUUGCAAUAAGGAAACUGCAGCGGAUACAUAUCCAGAGUUGAUGGAUGUAGAGACUCCUGAAGAGGUGCAGCCCCUUAAAUCUGUGGGAAGAUUGGCUGCACACAGAUUUUCCCGAAUAUUAUAUGAUAUGAGGGACAAUUUAAAAAAUUAUUUUGUUUCGCCAGCUGGCGAAGUGCCUUGGCAAAAUAAUAUUUUAAAUGAAGGACUUAUUGAAUAAAUGUGUUGGAAAUUA